AGUGCAUCAAGUAGAUAUCACAAACAGUUGAGCGCGUAAAGGUGAAGGCAUGGCCAUAGUGAAACUGGUUAAGAAUAAGGCUUAUUUUAAACGCUUCCAAGUCAAAUUCAAAAGGCGAAGAGAGGGAAAAACUGACUACUAUGCUCGCAAACGGCUAAUUUGGCAGGAUAAAAACAAAUACAAUACACCUAAAUACCGUCUGGUGGUCCGAUUUACUAAUAAGGACAUAAUCUGUCAGAUUAUUUAUGCACGCAUUGAUGGAGACCGAGUAUUGUGCUCCGCCUAUUCUCACGAAUUACCUCGAUAUGGCGUUAAGGUGGGACUGACUAAUUAUUCCGCCGCCUACUGUACAGGUCUUCUUUGUGCCAGGCGCGUAUUGAAGCAACUAGGCCUGGAUGGUCUUUAUGCUGGGGCUGAGAAAGUCGAUGGACAAGAAUAUCAUGUGGAAUCUGUUGACGGGGAAAAGUCUGCUUUCAGGUGUCAUCUUGACAUUGGUCUUGCAAGGACUUCAUCCGGUGCCAAUAUCUUCGGGGCUCUUAAAGGUGCCGUGGAUGGUGGUCUAGACAUACCUUACUCACCCAGUAGAUUCCCGGGUUACAACCAGGCGUCUAAAGAGUACAAUGCCGAGGUUCACCGAGCCCGUAUACUAGGUCAUCAUGUAGCUGAAUAUAUGAAACUACUUCAAGAGGAAAGCGAAACUGAUUAUCAGCGUCAGUUCAGUGGUUAUAUAAGACAUGGGAUCACUGCUGAUAAAAUUGAGGCAAUGUACCUCUCAGCUCAUGCAGCAAUUCGAGCAGACCCCUCACAUAUUACUAAGGAGAAGAAGGAGGUUCAACCGAAGAGAUUCAAUCGCAAAAAGUUGUCUUCCAAACAAAGGAAGGAACGUGUCCGACAAAAGAAGGCACACUAUCUCUCUCAACUCAAAAAAGAAAUAGCCGCUGCUGAAUAGUUGUCUGUUAUAAUAAAAUGUUGGUCCAGUAUUUUGUAGUUUAGUCAAUUCAUAUAUUUAGUCUAGUCUUUGUCAGGUUUACCUUAUAUUCCAUCUAGGUUAUUUUCUCGUGACCACCUAGAGGUGAUCUUUUGGUCACUAGAGUUGACCGAUUAAGGCUUGAUAUUCCGAGUUGUUUAGUUAAAAAUCUUUUGUUACUCGCUUGUAUAUUGCUCUUGAUAAAACGUCAUCGCGAUAUGUUGCACCAAUUUGUUACCUCAUAAUUAUGUUUCAUUAACUA